GGUGACUGGUAGCUACCGGGUUGCUCCCUGAAGGAUAAGGUGUUCCUUUAGAAUGUGUCAAUGCUACCUUGGCAUAAGCAUCACAGAGAAAAGUUGAGGUUUUGUCUUAAACGGAUUUGGCUGGAGGAGCUGAAUCAACUGUGUCCCAGGAUUACAGGAAUGACAUUGGAGGAUAGUUGAGCGUCUCGAGGCCAGAGCAGCAACACUUUCAUCAGCCGCCACCCAUCAAUUGCGCAUCUUGUGUUUACCUGGAGUGCUGCAAAAACCACCUUGUGUUGUGGUCUACCCUUCUGCUUUCUGAAUAGCUGGAGCCUUGCCUUGUUUUGAUCUGAAAGAAUCUAGGCGGCGGAGCGAAGCACACCAUUAGCAGAGGAAAAUGAGUGAACUGGAUCAGCUACGCCAGGAGGCUGAGCAGCUCAAGAACCAGAUCCGAGAUGCCAGGAAAGCGUGUGCUGAUGCUACCCUGUCUCAGAUUACAGCUAACAUUGACCCCGUUGGCCGAAUUCAGAUGCGCACUCGCCGGACACUGAGGGGGCAUUUGGCUAAAAUCUAUGCCAUGCACUGGGGCACUGAUUCGAGGCUUUUGGUCAGUGCCUCCCAGGAUGGAAAACUCAUUAUUUGGGACAGCUACACCACAAACAAGGUCCAUGCCAUCCCGCUGCGCUCCUCUUGGGUGAUGACAUGCGCCUAUGCCCCUUCUGGUAACUAUGUUGCCUGUGGGGGCUUGGACAACAUCUGCUCCAUCUACAACCUGAAGACCCGUGAGGGAAAUGUGCGUGUUAGCCGUGAGCUGGCUGGACACACAGGCUACCUGUCCUGCUGUCGCUUCCUGGAUGACAACCAGAUUGUCACCAGCUCUGGAGACACCACCUGCGCCCUGUGGGACAUUGAGACUGGACAGCAGACAACUACGUUUGCUGGCCACACUGGUGAUGUCAUGAGUCUCUCUCUGGCACCCGAUACCAGGCUGUUUGUGUCUGGGGCUUGUGAUGCCUCGGCCAAACUCUGGGACAUCAGAGAAGGAAUGUGUCGGCAGACCUUCACUGGCCAUGAGUCGGACAUCAAUGCCAUUUGCUUCUUCCCCAAUGGCAAUGCCUUUGCCACAGGCUCAGACGAUGCCACCUGCCGGCUGUUUGACCUGCGUGCUGACCAGGAGCUGAUGGUGUACUCGCAUGACAACAUCAUCUGUGGUAUCACCUCUGUGGCAUUCUCCAAGAGUGGCCGCCUACUGCUGGCUGGCUAUGAUGACUUCAACUGCAAUGUCUGGGACACUUUGAAGGCCGAUCGUGCAGGUGUCCUGGCUGGUCAUGAUAAUCGGGUGAGCUGCUUGGGUGUGACUGACGACGGCAUGGCAGUGGCAACAGGGUCCUGGGAUAGCUUCCUCAAGAUCUGGAACUAGAGUCUGAAGAUGGUAUCCAGCCUCCAAAGUUGCGUGGAAGACCAUUCCAACAUCACAAUGUUCAAUUGUAUUGCAUAUCCAAUCUUUUCAAAACAUGAUACUGACUCAAAACACCCCAAAAACUAUUAAGGGCAAAAAUCCUCUCUAUCUUUCUCUCUCCUUCCCCUCCUCCUUAAAAGAGCACAAUUGUCUGUCACUCAUUCAGCGCCAACUAUAUAGGUCAAGGAAUUUGGUUGUCUCAAAAUGGACGGAUGGAAAAUUGUGCAUUCCUCCCAUGACCACAGGUCGAGUGAAGAUUACGCGACAGUGAUCUAACUCUUAAUAGCUUCUUGGCCACCUUUCAAUUUGUUUUCUUCUUCCUCUCUGUUGAAGUAGAUCUGUAGGUUGUCUGUUAAAAUGAGGAUAAAAUCUUUGUUUUAUUUGCUGAUCUUUACAUGUUUUAAAUAAUGUUUUAAUUUGAAAACAUCCUUGGGAAUUGAUCUUUAGCCCACUGGAGAACAAAGUGAGAGAAUUUUGCUUCAAUAAGGAGUCCUCGAGUCACUUCUGGCCCUGCUUUGUAUAUUUAGACCCAUGAAACUUUUAGUCUUUCCCCCCCAGUGUAGUCCAGAAAUCUUUGUUUGCACAAAAAUGUAAACUUUGCAUAUAUAGAAUAUUGUUUAAAGGAAAAAAAAAAAUAAUAACUAACCAAGCACAUGCUGUGAUAAAUGAAUGCUUGUUUUUAAAAUGCAAAAGGAAAAAAAAACAUUUAACCAUUCUUACACCUUUUUGUCUGGCACCAGUCUAGACUAAUGACAUGAAGAUUAAUCUAUUGGAUCAUAAUCCACAUGACGCGUUCUUUAUUUUUAUUUCACGUUUUUCCUCCUGUAGUUUUGUGUUGCUGUGGUUGGGACCACCGGGGGUUGUGACUGGUGAGGUAGGCAGUUGCUCUACUUUAGCCAGACUGCGUUCCCGAGCUUUCUCGAACAGGGGUGCCCAUUCCGUGCUUGGAAAUGCAGUUACUACUCUGUGAAUGACAUGUUGUAUAAAUCAAUGUUUGAAAAUAAUAUUGAAGCUUUUUAAGUUAAAAACUAAAAAAAAAAAAAUUUGGUUGUCUGCCAUGGGUGGGUUAUCUCUUAGAAUCGCAUGCUGUAGAAUUGCUUAAAGGUGCGUAUGGAAUUAAGUCCUUUGAUGUUUUCUUUGAGAAAAGAACCUGUUGAAUAUAUCAAUACAACUGUAUUUAUUUUUUUCCCCCAGUUUUGACUUUGUUUUUUGCUACUCCGUGCAUACAUAAAACAACUAAAAUGUCAAAACUAUGUACAUGAGAAGCAAACCCGACAUUAACAGUUGCUUGGUCCAUACUUGGGAGGGAUUCCACAAAUUUAGAUGUAAAUUGUACACACUUGCAUAUAUACAUCUAAUCACCUAAACAUACCAAUGGGACAAAUUCCUACUGUAGCAAACAAAAUUUCACUUACAAAGAAAAACAUUUUCUAACAGUUUUUUUUCCCUGUCCUUUAAUAAAAAAAUUCAAAAUCUUGCAGCAUCUGGAUGGCAGACUUUUGUUCCCUUCUCCUUAUAAACAGACCCUCUUCCUUUUAGCAGUAGUGCCAUUUUUUUGUUUUUUCUCUGCAACAUUCUGUACAACAAAAGAUAUGCUGUAAUUGUGCGUUAGGCCUGGAGUCGGCAAAAAAGAAAACAUUAAAACUGAAUAAAAAAGUUACAAAAAAUAUAUUCCCUUUUCUCUCUUUCUCCAUCAAAUAACUGUAGAGCUCUGCACCCCCUCUAUUCCCUUUUCACCUUUUGUAUUUAAUUUUCAAGUCAGUCAGUGUACAACCGAAAGCUGGAUGCAAGAUAGAAACUAUAUUAAAAUGUACUGUUAUUUAAGAUGUAAUAAAAAGCAGUUUGAGAUGA